AUAUUCUUAAGCUAGAUUGGGUAGAGGAAUCAAUGAAUAAUACAAAAGAAAUUGUUACUUUUUUUAGAAGUCAUUAUCGGGCUGAAGCUAUUUUACAGCAAGAACCUAAUACAAUUAUGCUUGUUAAGCCAGUAGAUACACAUUGGGAAACUUAUCUUGAUUCAGUUCAGUCUAUUAUAUACUGUAAAAUAGCAAUUCAAACAUCUGUUUUACAACCUACCAUUUCUAAUAUUAUAGGCUAUAAUUUGAAAACCAAAAUUUUAGGAGAAGAAUUAUGGAAUAAGUUAGAACUUUUAAAAUUGUUACAUUUUAUUAAAUUAUUUGAAUCAGAUACUCCAUUAUUAUCAUAUGUUUAUGCAGAGUGGAAUAAUCUUUAUUUAUCAGUUGAAGAACUUAAUCUAGAUUUAUAUCAUGAAGAAGAAAUUUUCAAUUUGAUUACUACAAGAUUCAAAUUUAUUUUUCAUCCAGCUUUAGCACUUGCUAAUUUAUUAGAUCCAAAAAAAGCCUUAAAACCAGAUGAUUUAACAGAAGUUAUUAUUCUAUAUUUAAAUGAAAGUUAUUCAUCUGCUACUGCAGUGCAU